CUGGAAGCAAAGGCCAAGAACUUUGAGUGAAGUGAAGUGAAGUAAUUAUUUGUUUGUGUUUUGCAAAAGUUUCAUAUGAAAUUACAUGUUUGCAAAACAUGUAGUUCUAAUAUUCUCAAGAAUUUUUGAUUGGUUUCAUGUGAACUACAUAAAUAUUUUGUACUGUAAAAAUAAGUCAUGUUUUUAUAAAAAUCUUCGUGUUCCUGACAAAUUCUGCCAGUUAAUCCAAUUUUAUCUGCUUAGUUAUGGAAUCGAAAACCACCAGUAAAACAAGUUGUUUGAAGGCUCUUCUCCUGCGUGCUUGGCGAGAAAGGUGGACAGAUUUACAAUGGGGCAUCAACAUUAAAACGGUGCUACCCCGUGGAGUAAGCGGAGAUGUAUACAAUUUGGCAGAUUGCAUUCUCCAACAGGCUGUGGUUGGCGCUGGUGCCAAUCAGUUGAUGUUGAGUUAUUUGAAGCAUUCUUUAAGUGCUCAGUUGGUGUCUUAUGCAGCAGUUCUUCAGAGACUAAGUAAAUACAGCCAGUUGAACAAAAUCUACUGUGUUUUCAGUCUUCUCGAGUUCUUAGAAGGAAUGCUUCCAGGAGUAACAGUUGGAUUUGGCAAACCUGAAGAGACAGUAUUGGCUACUGCAGUAUUGUCUGUAGCGUUAUGGUUGUUGAAUAUUUUGCAGCAAUGCCAGUCCACAAAGAAAAUAAUUCUGAAAGCUGGGGAGCUGUUGAAAACUCUUCUUACUGAUGAUUUCUAUGUUUCAAUGAUGUGUCUCGCUCGAUAUAAUGAUCCUGAAUUAUUUACUGAAACUAAUAGGAAAGGCAUUGAAUUAGAAUUGAUUCUAACUGAAGCUGAUGAGGUUGCCAACUAUGUCAGAAAACUUGGUAAUAUCGACGUUGGCAUGUUGCAGCUUCCAGUUAACAGGGAAAAAUGGCCAGGAUCUCUCAUUCAAUGCUGGCUGGAAGUAAAACUCACUGGAAACCCAGGAAGUACCACAACGGAAUUGUGUCAACAACUCCAAAUUUUUCAAAAACUGAAAGACUACAGUAAUGCUAGGUUGUAUGCCGAACUUAUGAGAGGUAGUCUCCUUUCCCUUCACAAUGUAAGUCAGACAUCUCAUGAGAGUCAGUGGGGAGCAUUUGCAUUCUUAAAAGUACCUCAUAUUCUUUUGGAUCUUGCUGGAAAAUCUGAUACUAUGUGUGUAGUCAAUGCUGUGGAGCUAUUGCUUCAACAUAGUCCUUUGUUAGAUGCCAUGGAUGCCAAUAGCACCUGUUCAAGUUUCAAGUGCCUCCUUGAUGAACUAGCCAAGAGCCGCUUGCUAAGUGAGCAACAAAUGAAAAUGCUUUUGGAGAAAAGAAAAGCACCUCCAUCCCUCAAGUUAGACUCAGGACCUGGCAGUAACGGGAUGCCUACUUAUUGGCACAUUUGUGCAGAGUCAACGCUUGGAGGGAUACUUAAAACACUUUCAACUGACUACCAUAAGAUACAGGAUGCUCUUCUAGGCAUGUUACAUCAAGUCCUCACAGGUAAAAGUUUUGAACUAAUACUGGCUGUGGCUACUGUACAAGGCCAACUUCGCACCCUUGUGAACCGGUUAAUAAGGUUCAAUGAAUGUUCCAAAUCUGGGGGUGACAAGGCUAGAUCUCAAUUGUUUGACAUAACAUUUCUCAUGCUAGUUGCUAUUGUACAAAACUACGGUGCUUCCGCUGUGCUGGACCCUGAUGGAGAUUCCCUUUUUGAACAGUGGGUGAAAUCAUGUAUGGUAGAGAGACAAAGACCCAAGGCCCCCGAGCAGUUACUAAAAUUAGGUGAUCCAUCAAUAAUAGAAUCUCUACUGAACCAAUUCAACUCUGGUGAAUCGGAUUUCCCACCAGGUGUAAAAUGGCAGGACGUACUCUUCAACAUCGCUGGAGUGAUGCAUGAGGUACUUGUGGCAUGGGAACAGGGUGCUUUAGUGCCUCAGGAUGUAAAACGUAUUUUGGAAGCAGUUAGAGGAAAAAUGUGCUGUCUGCCUUUAGCUGCAGCAGCUUGGAUUUGUGCUCAUAUGAGGACCGCACCUCAAGAUACUCUUCUUAAGCCAAUUAAUAUGGUGCAGCAGCUCCUUGCCCCUCCCAUCACUGAAGAGGAUAGUUUGCGAGAUAGGUGGCAAUUGACCUGUGAGAUUAUUAGAAAAAUGCAAAGAGAGGUACAGUUGCCGCUACCUACAUCUAGCAACCACCAUUUGGUGUCAAGGCACCCAGCAACAGAACAAUUGAGUACUGUGUGGAAAUCUGGUAUUUGCAGAGGUUGGCUAGAUCAUGAUUCAGCAAUGACCCUGCACUGCCUGUUAGAUACUGCAGGAGAUCGAUGGCUGGUAUCUGCAGUUAUUCAAGAACUACUCAAGCUUAGGUACAGAGACCAACUUCAAAAAGGCGUGGAUCUUGCUUUAGCCAUAUUUCACGUGAAAAUAGUAGGUUGCACUCAGCAGUUGUUGUCACAUGUUCUACCUCAAUUACUCUAUAAUGACAUUCAGGCUGAUAGCUUGAUGGAACCACAGUUGCCUGCUCUAGCAUACCUUACUAGUUACUGCGUUUAUACUGCUUGGGAUGCUUUAUCGGAAGAUAUUGAGAUCGGUCCACCAUUACCAAAAAUGGCACGCUUAAUGGACAACGUAGAAGAACCAAAACCUACUGAACAACUCCUCACCUCACUUCGUAAUCUUCUACAUAUGUUUGAGGGUGGGAUACGGGAAGGAUCCAUCACCCAGCAAACUUAUUUUGCAUUUUAUCUCGUUAAAUCUAUCGUUGAAGUAAAAGUUAAUUCGGCAAGUGCUGUAUUAGCUGCGAUUCCCAAUUCACUUGUAUCUGAUUUAUUGAAAACAAUGCCUGAGUUGUUUAGUUAUCCUCUCCUUCUCCAUGUGCAUGAUAUUUUCAAAAGUUCAGGACGAAUUAAUAUGGCAAAAGAUUUAUGUAUUCUGAGAAACUAUUAUUUAAAAAAUACUGUUGUUAACUGAAUACUUUAUUUUUAUCUUCUUGAGAUUGUUUCAUAUUUAUUAA